GACACUCUAGCCACCUCUCCUUGCGACCUUGAGAGAGCCGCCGCUCUUCUCGAUCAGAUUGCGUCUUUCACUGAGUCGAAAUCCACUCUCAAUGAAGAACAGCGCGUACGAUUGGUGAAAAUGGCUCAAGAACUCACUUUCUCUCUCCAGACACCAAUGGAAAGGAUUCUUCAACACAGCUGGGCUGAGCCUACUGUUUUUGCCGCGAUUGAGACGGCUUCUCAGCUUAACAUCUUUCGCCUAUUGGGUACAUGUACUGAGACAGGGAACCCGAUGACUGUUGCGCAACUUAGUGAAAAAACUGGAGCGGAUCAAAUCUUAUUAUCGAGGUUGAUGAAACAUUUGUCCGCUAUGGGCAUAAUCGAGGAAGCGGGACCAGAUCAAUACAGGUCAAAUAAUAUGUCGUUAGUGCUGUCUGCCGAGAAAUUUGCAGCCGCAUUCCCGUACAUGCGGAGGGGUUCCAUUCUAGGAAUACUUCAACUGCCAGAUUAUCUGGCUGCCAACAACUACAUAAACCCUACGGAUCUAACAAAUGGCCCUUUUCAGUUUGCUAACAAAACCUCGGAGAAUUGGUUUGAGUGGGCCCCCAAACAAGGAAAUGGCGUGUUCAAAGACUUUAGCAAUCACAUGGGUACAUACAACAGUGGUCGACCAAAAUGGGUAGAUCCAAAUUUUUAUCCAGUCCGAGAGCAAUUGAUUGACGGAUUCAUGGCGGAAGUCUCGGACCAAGGCGCAGUAAUGCUGGUGGAUGUUGGAGGCAGUCUAGGCCAUGACAUUGAACUAUUCUUGAAACAAUUUCCCAACAAUCCAGGGCGAUUGAUACUUCAAGAUCUACCAGACGUGAUUAAACAAGCCCGCUCUAUU